AACACUAACAAAAUGAGUAAAAAACCAACAGCUGGACCCGCGUUACACAAAGUAAUUAUGGUUGGUAGUGGUGGUGUUGGUAAAUCAGCCCUAACCCUACAAUUUAUGUACGAUGAAUUCGUUGAGGACUACGAACCAACCAAAGCCGAUAGUUAUAGAAAAAAGGUUGUAUUAGAUGGCGAAGAAGUACAAAUAGAUAUAUUGGACACAGCCGGCCAAGAAGACUACGCUGCCAUCCGUGAUAAUUAUUUUCGUAGUGGUGAAGGUUUCCUGUGUGUUUUCUCUAUAACAGACGAUGAAAGCUUCCAGGCUACACAAGAAUUUAGGGAACAAAUUUUGCGCGUUAAAAAUGACGAAAGCAUACCAUUCCUGUUGGUUGGUAACAAAUGCGAUUUAAGUGACAGGCGCAGAGUGGCCCUGAACGAGUGUCAGCAACGAGCCCAGCAAUGGCAGGUGCCAUAUGUGGAAACAUCGGCUAAGACACGUGAAAAUGUCGAUAAGGUAUUUUUCGAUCUGAUGCGCGAAAUAAGAUCACGUAAAACUGAAGAUUCAAAAGCGACCAGCGGGCGAGCAAAAGACAGAUGCAAGAAACGGAGAUUGAAGUGUACACAUCUUUAGGCAAUAGGUAUUUUAUGAUCUUAUCAGGGAUAUAUCAACACGUAAAAAACAACAACAAGACGAUGUACGGAAGCCGAAUGAAACCAAAACUCAUUGCUGCCAAUUGCUGUAAUAAUUUAAAUAAAACAAAAACA